UUAUGUAACAUAUGCAUUUUAUAUUAAGGAUUAUUAUUAGUAUUAUUAUAGGGUAAUAAAAUAAGGGUGAAAAUUAGUUGACGCCCGCCAAAAGCCAAACCAAAUGUCCUCCUACACUCACCCACUCUAUCCACUGGCUGCCCUCCCUGUUUCUCCACAAAAACAAGUUGUAGAAAGGCAAACUGAAUCACGAACACAAUCACAAUCACAAACCAACAAUCCCCAAUCCUCAUGGAUCGAAUCCCUUCGUUCCCAAGUCCGCAACAACCUCUUCCGCGACGCCGUUUCCACGUACACCUCCAUGACAAUGGCAAUCCCACCCGACAACUUUGCCUUCCCCCCCAUUCUCAAGGCCGCCACUUCCCUCCGCGACCUCAGCCUCGGCAGACAGAUUCAUGCCCACGUCUUCAAGUUCGGCUACGCUUCUUCCUCCGUCACCGUCGCCAAUACCCUCGUCAACAUGUAUGGCAAAUGCGGUGAUAUUGGAGAUGCCCACAAGGUGUUCGACAGAAUUCCCCAAAGAGACCAAGUUUCUUGGAACUCAAUGAUUGCGGCUUUGUGUCACUUCGGGGAGUGGGCGCUUGCAUUAGAGGCGUUUCGGGCCAUGCUGGCCGAGGAGAACGUUGACCCUAGCUCGUUUACGCUAGUGAGUGUGUCUCUUGCUUGUUCGAAUUUGGAAAGGUUUUAUGGUUUGUGGCUUGGGAAGCAAGUUCAUGGAUAUAGCUUGAGGAAGGAUGAUAGGAAAACGUUCACUAUUAAUGCUUUGAUGGCUAUGUAUGCCAAGCUUGGAAGAGUUGAUGAUUCCGUAGCUUUGUUUGAGCUCUUCGAGAAUCGUGAUUUGGUGUCGUGGAAUACGGUGAUAAGCUCGUUGUCGCAGAACGACAUGUUCGUGGAAGCGUUGGCGUUAUUGCGCCGGAUGGUUCGUGAGGGGGUUGGGCUUGAUGGAGUCACAAUUGCGAGUGUUCUUCCGGCCUGCUCCCACUUGGAAAUGUUGGACUUGGGGAAGGAAAUUCACGCCUACGCUGUGAGAAAUGACGAUUUGAUUGAGAAUUCUUUCGUGGGAAGUGCUUUAGUUGACAUGUAUUGCAAUUGUAGACGAGUAAAGACUGGUCGCCGAGUUUUCGAUUCAAUCUUGGAGAGGAAAACCGCGCUUUGGAAUGCUAUGAUUGCCGGUUAUGCGCAAAACGAGUUUGAUGAGGAGGCCUUGAACCUCUUCCUUGAGAUGCUUGCAGUUUUGGGGCUCUCUCCCAACGCCACCACUAUGGCAAGCAUUGUGCCUGCUUGCGCUCGCUGCAAGGCGCUCUGCGAUAAAGAAAGCAUCCAUGGUUAUGUGGUGAAGAUGGGUUUGGAAGGGGAUAGGUAUGUGCAAAAUGCACUUAUGGAUUUUUACUCCAGGAUAGGAAAGAUAGAGAUCUCAAGAUCUAUUUUCAAAACUAUGGAAGAAAAAGAUAUAGUAUCUUGGAACACCAUGAUUACUGGCUAUGUUAUUUGUGGUUUCCACAAUGAAGCACUUUGUAUGCUACAUGAGAUGACCAAAGAGAAAAUUAGUGAUGCUGAACUCAAAAGUGAAACAGGAAGAAACAUGCUUAAGCUGAAUUCGGUAACCCUCAUGACGAUCCUUCCCGGUUGUGCUGCAUUGUCGGUGCUGGCUAAGGGGAGAGAAAUCCAUGCUUAUGCCAUUAGGCAUUUGUUGGCAUCAGAUGUCGCGGUGGGAAGUGCACUAGUUGACAUGUAUGCAAAAUGUGGAUGCUCGGAUAUAGCUAGAGCUGUGUUUGAGGAAAUGCCGAUGAGGAACGUGAUCACCUGGAAUGUACUCAUUAUGGCUUACGGAAUGCACGGGAGAGGGCGAGAGGCGUUGGAGCUAUUUGAGAAUAUGGUGAAAGAAGGAAUGAGGAAUAAGGAAGCAAGGCCUACUGAAGUGACAUUUAUAGCAGUUUUCGCGGCAUGUAGUCACUCCAAGAUGGUAACUGAAGGUCUUGAUUUGUUCCAUAGAAUGAAAAAGGAUUACGGGGUUGAGCCUUUGGCGGAUCAUUAUGCGUGUAUCGUGGAUUUGCUUGGUCGUGCCGGUAAAGUGGAAGAAGCGUAUCAACUGAUCAACACCAUGCCUCUGGAUUUUGACAAAACUGGUGCCUGGAGUAGCCUUCUUGGCACUUGCCGAGUUCAUCACAGCGUAGAGAUCGGGGAGAUUGCAGCCGAGAAUUUAUUGCAGGUGGAGCCAAAUGUGGCUAGCCACUAUGUUCUACUCUCUAAUAUCUACUCGUCUGCUGGACUUUGGGAUGAGGCAAUGGAUGUUCGGAGAAGGAUGAAGGAAAUGGGAGUGAGAAAAGAACCGGGUUGUAGUUGGAUCGAAUUUGGAGACGAGGUUCAUAAGUUUUUGGCAGGUGAUGGGUCACACCCGCAAAGUGAGAAGCUCCAUGAGUUUCUCGAGAACCUUGCGAUGAGGAUGAAGAAGGCGGGGUAUGUUCCAGAUACUUCUUGUGUGCUUCACGAUGUUGAUGAGGAGGCAAAGGAAACUUUGCUUUGUGGGCACAGUGAGAAGCUGGCAAUAGCUUUUGGAAUCCUCAAUACCCCUCCUGGGACUACCAUUAGAGUUGCCAAGAAUCUUAGGGUUUGUAAUGACUGCCACGCCGCAGCGAAGGUUAUCUCGAAAAUAAUGGACAGGGAGAUCAUCUUGAGAGAUGUGAGGAGGUUUCAUCAUUUCAAGAGUGGAACUUGUUCCUGUGGGGAUUAUUGGUAAAGCCUCUCAUUCUUGUGUUUGCUGUACAAUCAGAAUUACUAUUAUUUUGUUAAUUGAAACAUCAAGACAACUUGCAUCUUACAGGUAGAAAUUAUGUAAAUGUUAAAUGCAAGUGAAAUUUUCAAAAGUUUCCUUUGACC